AUGCCCAUCACCCAAGAGAACGCGGGGCUCUUCCUCCCCCUCUUGUGCCAGUGGCUGCAGAACAGCCUGCGGGAGGAGGUGGAGGGUCCUGAGCAGAGCCUGUGUCGUUCAGCCAUCCAGAAGCUGAGAGAGUACAUCCAGCUGAACUUCUCUGUGGAUGAGAGUAAACUGCAGCAAAGUGGUUCCAGUACUUUAGACAUGGAGAUCUGCACAGCUUACUUAGCCCAGGAGAUGAGAAAAACUGAGGUUCUUGGUCUGAGUUUUGGGAACAUCCCUGCUUUGGGAGACUAUGGAGAGAAACGGCGGGGAGGAAAAAAGAGAAAGGGUCAUAAAGGUCCAGUGCUUGAUGUUGGAUGUAUCUGGGUGACGGACUUGAAGAAAAACAGCCCAGCAGGGAAGUGCGGGAGAGUGCGACUGAAGGAUGAGGUCCUUUCCCUGAAUGGACAAUUGAUGGUUGGCGUGGAUGUCAGUGGGGCAAGCUACUUGGCUGAGCAGUGCUGGAAUGGCGGCUUCGUCCACCUGAUCAUGCUGCGCCGCAUCAAGCGCAAGGCCCCGCCGCCUCCCUCCAACGGCAACACCGGCGACGGCUGCGAGCCCGGGGCGAAGCCGGGCCCCGAGCCGAGCGACAGAGCCGCCCGAAAUGGGAAAAGGACGAGGAAGUUCGGCGUCAUCACCAGGACGCCGGGCGGCAAGGAGAAGCCCGGCUCGGAGCCGGGCAACGGGCACUGCACGCCCAUGGAGGUGGAGGCCCCUCAGCCGGCGUCGUCGGCCGCGGCGGAGAGCGGCGCGGAGGAGCCGUUGGGCGGCGUCGGGGGACAGCAGCGGUCCCGGCUCUCGGACGGCGACCAGCCCGCCCAGCGAGAAGGUUGCCGUAUAUGGAAGAUGCAUAUACUGAAAGGGACAGAUGGACUGGGAAUCCAGAUAACAGGAGGCAGAGGGUCGAAGCGGUCCCCUCACAGCAUCAUCAUCACCCACGUGGAGGAAGGAGGCCCUGCACACAGGGACGGCAGAUUGACAUCAGGCGAUGAGCUCCUCAUGAUCAACGGGCAGUCGUUGGUUGGGCUUUCCCACCAGGAAGCUGUGGCCCUUCUUCGCUCUGCAGCUGGUCUGGUGCAGCUGGUGGUAGCUAGCAAGGAAUCUGCUGAAGGGGAUUUUCUGAAGUACCCAUCUACCAGUUUGCCAGACUUGCUUAGCACUUGCUCAGUCCAAGACACUAUCUCUUGCACUGAUAAUAAAGAAAAUGAAGAGCCAGAAGAAGAUGCGAAGGGAGUGAAUGUGGUUCCUGAAACUUUGGUUGCUGUCAUGGAAACAGAGAAGUCUGAAGAUCCAUCUUGUGCAGAAGCAUCCAAAGGAAACAACCAGAGUCCAACUCUGGGAAGUGGCAUAUUGAAAUACAGAAGUCGAUCCCAAGGUGCCGGAUCCCGGUUAGAAUCCGUGGGAGAAGAUGACGAGUUGACAGUGGAAAACGGUGAACCGAAUUACGAAAUAGCAGUGAAAUAUUCCCGGGGAGGGAGAAAACACUCUCUGCCUCAGCAGCUGGAAUCAGCAGGAGCCAGGCAGGACUACCAUAUUGUGAAGAAGUCUACCCGCUCCUUCAGUGCUGCCCAGGUGGAGUCCCCGUGGAGACUGACCCAGCCGUCCAUUAUUUCUAACAUUGUCCUGAUGAAAGGGCAAGGCAAGGGUCUUGGAUUCAGCAUUGUGGGAGGUCAGGAUUCUGCUCGCGGACGCAUGGGGAUUUUUGUGAAGACUAUAUUCCCAAAUGGAGCAGCUGCUGCUGAUGGAAGACUUAAAGAAGGAGAUGAAAUACUAGAAGUUAAUGGAGAAUCUUUACAAGGGCUGACCCACCAGGAGGCCAUUCAGAGGUUUAAGCAACUCAAGAAAGGCGUGGUGACCCUAACCGUGCGCACGAGGCUGCGCAGCCCCAGUCUCACGCCCUGUGUGACUCCCACCUUGCUGAGCCGUUCCAGCUCGCCCAGCUCCAGUGCUAGCGGAGGCACUCCUGUCCCUGGCUCCGAUGACACGGAUGGGUCCUCCUCCAGCCGCAAAGGUCCGGGCCCGAAGGAUAGGAUCGUCAUGGAUGUGACACUCAAUAAAGAGCCAGGGGUUGGGCUAGGCAUUGGUGCCUGUUGUCUCACGCUGGAAAAUAGUUCUCCAGGGAUAUACAUUCACAGCCUGGCCCCAGGAUCAGCGGCUAAAAUGGAUGGCAGAUUAAGCCGGGGUGAUCAGAUCCUGGAGGCGGAUUCGGUGAGCCUGCGGCACGCGGCGCUGAGCGAAGCCUACGCCAUUCUGAGCGAGUGCGGUCCGGGUCCGGUCAGCCUUAUCAUUAGCCGGCACCCUAACCCGAAGGUUUCUGAGCAGGAGAUGGAUGAAGCAAUAGCACGCACUACUCAUCGAGAGAGCAAGGACACCAGCUCCACUCAUGGUGCAGGAGCUACACAAAAAAGCACCUCACCUAGUGUGAAAACCAAACAAGGAGAGACCUCAUCUUCCCUCAGCUGGACUAUGAAACGCUUCCUGGAGCCAGCUAGCCGGCAGGGAUCCGUCAGUUCGGAGGCAGAACUUUCCCAGUACUUCUCGCACGAUGGCCCGAGCCAGCUGUCGUUCUCUGACGCUGUAACUGGCUCCUGCGAUGAAGAGCAGCUCCGUCAGAAGAGCAGGAACAGUUUGUUGGAUGACAGCUCUCUUCCUCCCGCUAGAGAAGCAGGAGUGGCAAAAGCAAAUGGUCCAGCUUCUCCAAGCAGCGGGAGGUCAUCUGGUGUGCACAACAGACACGGGGAUUCUGUCCGGCCGGGCAUCCUCAGCGACAGCCCCAAGUCUGCCCGCAGCCCCUUCCAUCGGCAGCGAAGGGUCGUUUUCUACGACGGCGACGUUAGCGAUGACGACGAAAGCUCCCACUUGCAGAGAGGCCAGAGGGCCAAGAGCCAGGAGGACUCCGGCCUUGUCAUUACAACCUCGUGCGUAGAAAUCGAUGGCGAGAGCCAGGAUGGCGAAUCCCCCCGAUAUAUUGGCACACAGACAUCUUCCCCCCACUUCAGCCGCGCUGCAGAGUCUGCAGACGGUGCGCUGGAGCAAGCAGACUCUCCGUUCUUCCCGAUCAUAGCGUUUGAUUACUCAAGCGUGCCCGAGGUUCGUCUCGGCAGCCUGAGUCUGAAGGAGCUCCGGGAAGCGCACCUUGAAUCUAAGAGAUCUCCAAAACUGGAGCACCGAGCUGUCACAAGAGUGAAAAGCAUGAUGAGCACCGAGUGCCGAAGCCUUCAGAGGCAGAAGACGGAGGAGCAUGCUUCUUACAGCAAGCCCAUUGCGAGGACACUCCCUCACAGCAAAAAGGCCGAGGUGCCCGACAGCGCCGGGCAGGGCCAGGGUGAAAUAGUCACUCUGGUUCGCAACGAGCACGAGUCUUUUGGCCUAGAUCUGGAAAUCCAGGCCAUGCCCUUAAAGGUGGUCGUCACGGGGCUGCGGCCAGGUGGAGCAGCUGAAAGGGGAUCAAUGGGCAAGAUGGCUGUGGGAGAUGAGAUUACCACUAUCAACAGUAUCCCCGUCAAUAAGAUGACUUACGAGGAAAUCUGCUUGCUCAUGCAGUGUCUUCCCACAUCUGUAACCCUGGAGAUCCAGAAAGCAGCAUCAGCUGUCAGCAGAUUUACCAACCUUAUCCUGACUCCAGGGCUAGAUGGUCAAAAUCAAACUGAUCUCAGCAACCUCCUUGUGGCUGAAGAAGAGAGCUGUGAGAAGCGAGGAGGAGCCUGUUUGCAGAAUGAUGGUCCAGGCUGUGCAGCGGAGAGACCAACACUGCCACCUCAUGCUAAGAACAAAGAUGUACAAACAGGCGCCCCAAGAGGCGCUGAGGACAGCGCUGCCAUCCCUGUCACCAACAUCGAUGACUUGCUCGGCCAGGUGAGCGCCCCAGAGGGCGGAGGUUCACGGACCCCGUCGCGAGCGGAAAGCCCCCUCCGAGAGGAGUACACCACGAUGUGCUGCUGUGGGACUGACGAAGGCUGUCCUGGCUCCGAGCCACGGCCAGCGAAGAAGGAGCUGCUGGAAAAAACUGUGAAUUGUGCAGCUAACACACAAGGGGUUUUGGGGCUGUCUGCGUUAGACUCCAUUAACCCAGGCAAACUUUUUACUGUGAAUAAAAACUCUUUAAAUAACUAUUCUAGGAAUUUUAGCAGUUUAAGUGAGGACGAGUUGCCUGCGACAAACUCUCUGGAAGGUAAGAGAAGUGACCCGUUGCCAAAGUCUAUGUAUGGGGCCGCAGAGGAUUCUCACUCGGACACGGAGUCUGUCACGGAAACCUUUGACGCUGCUAGUGACGUGUUGCUCAUGCCCUGUGCUGCUGCUAAUGCCCCUGCAGACUGUGCUAUAACAGAGUCGGAUGAGGAGCAAAUCGAGAUUUGUUGCACAAAUAACGAGCCGCAGAAGCCUGCUCAGGAGCAGCUUCUUCCAUCUGUGACAAGCUUAUCCCCUCUGUCCUCCCCGAAUCCUUACAGCAGUGGAGUUUUGCAGACUGAGGACCGCACAAUGUGCGGGUCGUUGGAGAUGAGCAUUAACAAACUAGAACUGGAAGAUCGGACUGGUUCCACCCCAGGUGCCUCACAGCAUUUAGAUGUCUCCUCUGCAUCCCUCUCUUCUCCUUCCUCAGUUUUCCUGCCAGAAGAAGACACCCUAAAAAAUUCAGUAGGUAUCCCUGAAGUUUACUCUUUGUAUAACAAUUGUGCCUUAAGUGCAGAAGAACAUAAGGGUUUGGGCAGCGGUGGUGGACAUAUGAAAUGCUGUGAAUCCCUUGAAGAGGAAAGGUCUCUGCACUGCAAAAAGGUGAACUGUUGCUCUGCUGGAAAUGUGAAUGGCUUGGAGAGCAACUUGCUGGAGAAAGAGGAAUAUUAUGAUGAACAAAGAUCCACAUUUGAAAGUGAAACAGUUGCUGAUGACUGUAAUCACACCAUUAGUUAUUGCUUAGCAAAGAAAGAAACCGACAGUUUGUCCAACUUGUCUAAAACAGACUGCAGUCAUGGGAAUGCAUCAUCACAAAGAGCAAUAUCACUCAGGUCUCCCUUUCCCACUAGAUCUAAAGAUCCAAAGGCUAAUGACUUGCCAGGGAAAAAUGAGAAAAUUAACUCUGUGACUUCAGGAAGGACUUCAAAUGCAAAAAUCCAAAGCUCAGGCAUAAAUCACUGCAAAGGAGCUGCAGUACCGCACAGCCCAUCCUCACAGAAAAAAUCCUGUCAGGAGUCUAAGGCACAAACAGCACAAAAAAAUGUAAUGGAAACCCUUUUAAAUAACCAGAAGGCCAAAGCAGGACCAAAGCUCAAGGGCUUCAGUAUCAAAAGCAAAACAAAGGCAAAUUCAGACUCUUCUGGGAUUAAUUCUACCAAAGUCAACGGGGCUGAUCAGAGAAGGCCUUCUGUUUCUCCACAGCUGUCCCCUAAGCUCCAAGGGAAAAAAGCACCAUCGUCCCGUAACUUACCUACAAAUGCAGAUCCUGGCAAGAGUGUUUCAGCAGUCUCAAAGACUCUGAGGUCAGAGCUAGAAAAUAAACCAUCUUUGGUCAUUUCUGAAGAAUCCCUCCUGCCUUUCCUGAAUGGCACUAGCAGCCCGGUAGAGAGCAGUGAAAUGAAAUGUGGUGGCUAUGGGGAGCUAACGGAUCAGCAGCAGGGAUGGGGAAAGCAAAAAGAAAAGCAAGGUUUUGCGCAAACUGAGGUGUAUCAGGGUAAGGCCCUUAAGGUGGAUGAUUUUAGAGCCAGGGACAGUCAGCCCAAUGCAGCUUCAUCCCCUAAAGGGAUACCAAAAGUUGAAUAUGUGAGAGGGAGAACUGAGAAUCCGGGAACAGGCCUGAACUCAAUCAAGAGCGUCAAUAAUGAAGAUGACCUUAAGCAAUUAGAUCUGCAGAACGCAGGAACAUCUGCUAGAAACUCCUCCUCUUUGAGGUCUCCUCCAGUUCAACAGGAGCAGCCAGAAGGACAGGAGAUUCAACGCACUUUCAUUGAAGUGAGGCUCUCCUCUUCCUCCUCAUCUUCCUCCUCUUCCUCCUCUGCUUCUUCCUCACCAGCACCAUUUCUGCAGCUGCCAUUGAUGGAGAAAACAGAAGAGGCAAACACAGAAGUGCCUCAAUUGACGGAGGAGAUGAAAGCCACACAGUAUAUUUCUAAAGUGGAUGUCACUGGAGAUAGAAAUCUCUGUGGCUUGUCAAAACCUGUGACAAGGACUUACUCAGUGCCAGCCCAGUUGUCAGGGCACUUGAGAGAGGAUUACAAUGGUGCAGACAUUUCACCUCAGGCUGUGCAUUGCCCUCAGAGCCAUGGUGCAGAUGAGAAAUCCCCCCAUUCAGAGACGGGAAUGUUAAAGAUGGUCCAUCUCAAUCUUCUGAAUGGCCAGGGUGGGAAGGAGCAGGCAUGCGCUUCCAAAAGUAUCCAAAAGGUGCCUGGUGACUCGCCUUUAGCCAGUGACGUUAGCUAUCCCGCCACUGAUAAGCUAAGAAAUUUAAGGAGAAAUUACUAUUAUUAUGAACUGAACUGGCCACAUGAACCUACCUCAUCUUUCUCCGUGAAACAGAGAAUCAAAUCCUUUGAAAAUCUGGCGAAUUUUGAUAGGCCUGUUGUUAAGGCUAUAGAUAUUCACUCAGCCUCUAAAACACCUCUUGGCAGAAGAUCAUGCAAUGGGAUAGGCGCUGGAGCUGCAACCAGCCCAACCGAGGCGUCACGGGCGCUGAGACGAAGCUUAAGCUCCUAUGGCAGCAGUCCGAGUCAGGACAACGCUCCAGCAUCGCUGCAGCUGAUGAAGUCAUCCAUGAGUGUAGACUUGUCACACGCGGUGAAGAAUUCAGCUGAGGGCACCAAAGAGGCAGGUAAAUCGGGGAAGGAAAGCGCUUUGGGAGACCUGGCUGCCUUACCGCCCUCGGUGUCGCAGGUCCGACGGAACCGGAGUCACGGCCGGCAGCUGCUGUCGCGCUCCAAGCUUCGGGAGCUAAGAGCCCUCAGUAUGCCUGACCUGGACAAGCUGUGCAGUGAGGGCUUCUCCGGGGACCCGCAGGCCGGUUAUUUCAGAACAGAGCUGGAAAUCACACCUAGGAGGUCACUCGGUUUGCUCGCAGAGAGCAAUGCCAACUUGAGUGCAUCUUCUGCCCUCUCCAACCUUGCAAGUGGGACUAGAGUGAGCUCAAAAGGGAGCAGUCCUUGGAACAGUGGCUCGGGAACACCAGGGUCAGCUUCGGAGGAUGACGCUGCAUUUGACAGCUCUCCGGAUGGGAAACCUUCAGAAAAAAGCUGGUCAGUCAGCUUGGAUCAGAUGCUAGUCUCAAGCCUGGACCAGCAAAAAUUACAGUCUGUUUUGUCAUCACUAACUCCAAAACGUGAUGUUGCCACAAUGCUCCAAGAAGUCAAAGCACAAGUAAAGAGCAAAGAAGAUGCAUACUUUGUAGUCCUCCAUAAAGAAGAAGGAGCUGGCCUGGGAUUUAGCGUUGCCGGAGGAAUAGAUCUGGAGCAGAAAUCAGUCACAGUCCACAGGGUGUUUUCAAAGGGAGUGGCGUCUCAGGAAGGGACUAUUCACCGAGGAGAUCUCGUUCUGUCAAUCAACGGCAAGUCCCUGGCGAGCUCCGUCCACGGGGACGUCCUGAACGCGCUCCAUCAGGCGAGACUGCACAAACACGCGGUCGUUGUCCUCCAGAAGGAAAAAGACAAAGCAAACAAUUUCUCCAGACUUGAGAUAGCAGCUACUGGCAGAAGAUGUGUGGGGUCUGGAAAGGAUGUUGCCAUGGAAAUAGGAACAGAUCCAAACCUGGAUAUGAAUGAUGUCGUCUGUGUUGAAUUAUUGAAAACCUCUGCUGGCUUGGGAUUCAGUCUUGAUGGUGGGAAAGCUUCGAUUGCUGGGGACAGGCCCUUGCUUGUAAAAAGAAUAUUUAAAGGUGGUGCUGCAGAGCAAGCUGGAAAAAUAGAAACUGGAGAUGAAAUUAUCGCAGUUUGUGGAAAAUCGUUACUCGGUCUCAUGCAUUACGAUGCCUGGAACAUCAUUAAAUCUGUACCGGAGGGUCCUGUUCAGUUGCUGAUCAGAAAACACAGAACUUCGGUAUGAUGGAAGCACUGCAUCUAAUCACAUCUGCUAAGAACAAAUGUUUAAAACCAUCUUGAAGUUGUCUUUCCAUUUCUAACGCCACUCGGCAGUGUCUUACCGCCCUCCAGAGGAGUGCGAAUGGCCCCAGAGAAGCCCUGAGCACGCGUGCGGUGUGCCUCAUCCCAUCUCACCUGGUUAGCGGGGAUGUCGGAGGCCGAACACUACCGAGAUUUUUGUGUUAUGUGGCAGUUUUGAUGGAACUUCAAGACAUUUAUUCAGGCUUGGUUUAAAAUAUUUUGACUGAGAUAAAUAACACUGUGCCUGUCCCUGAUGUUUUUAGUAUCUGCAGAGUGCUGGGAGCAUAGGAUGUUGGUUGCCCUCCUGUUGACAAGGAUGGGUGUUUAGACUGUACUAUAUCACUUAGCUAUAAUUUGACUUCAGGGCACUUGUUUAGGGUCUGGUCUUUAUUUCUUAUAAUAAGAGAAUGUCUGGAACAAUCUCACUUUAUUCUUCUAAGUGCAGUUUUGCUAAAAAUGCCUGACAAAAGAGAAGUAUAAUUUUGCACAACUUUUUAAGGCUAAAACGUGAGCGUUUUAUCACAAAGCUGAAAAAUCCUCUUAAAAAUGGUGAACUAAGUAUCAUCACAACUGAAUCUGUUCUUAGCAGCGAUUUGUAUCCAGAAGUACUUGGCAUUAAUGCAGCAGAAAUCUGUGUGCAGGAAAAUCAUGUCCAAAUAUUAGGUGAUUGUCCGCCAAGGUGUACAUUGGGCGAUUAGUUGUGAUUAAAAUGAGAGCGAUAAAAAUUGAGGUCUGAUUUUUAAAAUUUGGGCUUCUGACCUUAGGCACCUUUAAUAUAUGUUUUAAAAGUUGGGAUAAUUGCAGAUGCUGAGCACUUGCCAGUCCCACAGAUGCCAGCGAUUGCUGAUGAUGUCCAAAAGCCGGGCCGGUUUUAUUUGAUGACAAGAGGUUUACAGCUGCCUAACUUUAAACACUCAAGCUUGAAAAUAGUGGUCUAAGGAUGCAGAUUUUAACAGAUUAAAUCUGAACUGGCCAUAUUUGUGGUGGCUUUCCAUCAUUCUUUUCUUUUCCUGUCCCCUGUUUAUUUUUGCUUUUUGUGGAAGUGGGUGCGUACAUGUGUGCUGCUCGUAAGGUGUUCAUGACCCUGGCAGUGGUGGGAUGGGGCUGGUGCCGAUGGUUCUGGAUGGUGAAAUUGGAAAAGGUUUUUCUAGAUUGCAACUCACGAGGAGAAGCUGUGCUGUAGAUAGAGCAGAAUCGUAGGGUGACGGUGCCACCUGUGCUUAUUUUGGCUUUUCCCACCACUGCUCACGGUUGGUGUCAGUAGUAGGCGCUUCUGCUGAGAGGUACUUACAGCAGGUUGUAUCGGGAGGAGAGUGCGUGGAUGCGAGAGUAGCUUGUAGCGGGCCACCAGCCUCGUCAGCUGAGGACAACCUGAUUGCUUCCAAGCUUCCAUGGGAGCCUCAUGCUGAGGGCGCCCAGCCUGGAGCUGCUGCAGACCUGCAGCGCUGUUGACAUUCAUGGGGAGCCAGGAGGCCAGGUAGCUGCUACAGAAAGGUCUGGGCUGGUCGCUUGAGCCUACACCGAGAUGGUGCCCUAGUUCAGUUGGUAUUUAUUCAACACAGCCUGUCGCAGUUGCCUGCAGGGUAGUGGAGCGCUCGCUUUGGUUCAGCCUUGGUAGGCUGCAGCUUGCUAUGUGCAGAAGAAAACGCCAUUCUGCGAGGCCGCCCGAGACCAGGCGAGCAGGAAGGCUGUGCCACGUUUGCUGACGAAUCAAUAGACGUAAUUCUUUCUCGGUGACACGCGUUAACAUGGGAAUUCAAGGAGAGCUCUAGCUCUAGGUUGCAGGAAAGGCGAUGCUGGACCGGCUGCUUGCCUUGCAGAAUUGCUACUGAAGCUAGUUCAGGUCCAGCGCUGUGAAGUGGCGGUGGAGAUGGUCCCUCGUGACGCCAAAGCUGGGCCGCUCCGCCGGGACCAGCCCUUGCCUUCGGCCACCCCGGGGCAGAUGUCGGGAGGGGGCCGGUGCCCGCCCCGCGCAGGGGGACCAUGCUGCGCCUGCGGGCCUGUGCUGGGAAGAAGAGCUGAGCUGUGCUUGUCAGUUGAAAACCGGGGAGAAGACAUUUGGCAAUGACAGACAAAUUGCAAGGCCUUGUUCAGGAACGACCAAAAUCUGAUUGUAACCGACAGUGUGUAUAAUAGAUACAUAAAAUGCAUGUGGAAUUUAAUGCAGCGUAGUGACUACAUACCUGUAUAUGUAUAAUACGUACAAGUGCAGUACUGACGUUUUGCUACUUCAAUAUGGUAAAUCACAAUUGUGUUUUAGGAAAUGGCAUUUCUUUCCAGUCCACGGUUUAAAAUUCAUGAAGUCCCAACCCAGGGAGCAUGUUGCACCCUCACUCCUAAGCCAGUGUGAACUCAAAGGUGAAAUCUUCAUUUUGUAAAUUAAACUUAAUUUGAGAUGUCUUAAAUGUGGUGAAUAUCUUCAGACACUUAUUUGCAGGUACUGUUCAUUGUGAGUGAUUUAGUAAGCUUUCAUUUUUCAGUAGUCAACUACUGUUCAAUUUUUUAUUUUACAUGCACGUAGAUAUGUGUUGGAUCAGUAACAGCAAAGGGGGAAUUUUUGUGUGUGAUUCAGUAGUGACUAUAAUUUAAAAGAUAGAUUUAAUGUUCAAAGUCUAAUAGUUAAUAUCGAUAGAACGACACACUUCUCUACUAACUUUACAGCAAGAAAAAGAUUACUUUAGCCCUGAUUGUUUGUGUCCUGAAAUAACUAUUUUUUGUGAAGGAACAGGAAACAUCCUUAGUGAUGCUACUAGCAUUGCUGUCAUUGCAGUAGCAUUUCCAGAUGCCUCUGUUGAGGUGACAUUCCCUAUAAAAGUCCCAGAAUUUUUUGGAGAUAGUUCUGCUUUAUUAAGAACAGGAUGGGUAGAUCGAACAGAUGUUGUGAACCUGCCAUUACACAUCUGGCAAAGUAAACAUCCUUACUUUUCUGAGUGCCUGGUAAUGCUAAAAUGGCAGAGGGAGUUGCGUUGGUUCAUCAGUAUUCGAUAGGUUCAUGAGCAUUUUUAGUCUUGCUUAAUGGCACGUUGGUCCCUGAGGCAAUUCUGUCCAUGCAGGAGAGCUGGCCAAGCCCUAUGAGGGUGGUGACUCUGCAGGGAGUCACAGCUACAACUAGGAAGACAAGAAGUAAGGUUGUAAAUACGUGCUUGAUCCCAGACCAGUCCCGAAGGCGUUCCAGAUGAGGCCGAGUUUCCUCCGAGAUGGAGUAGGUCUGGCAAGGCUGCCUCCUGGGCCUGGAGCAGCUCAGGAGGAGGCACGUCCCGGGUAGGAGAGCAGGCUCUAGUGUGAUACUGGGCAAUAGCAUGUCCUGCAGUGUUUUGCACCUGGAAGCAAUAUCAGGUGGGGAGAGAGCAAUAUCAGAUGAUUUUCUUGCUAAAAAGAUUCCUUUGAGGGUAACUAAGUAUUAAGAAAAUGUUGAGUGAUUCAUGUUUCCUAGUAACUCUUGCUUUAUAACCCUGGUUAAUAUUCUGCAGUUGUUCUUGUCAAAGGUGGAAGGAGACAUUCCCAGAGAGGAAUGUUUACAUGCUUCUGCGUUUAGGGUAUGUAAAUGUACACAUGGAAGUAGUGAGGAGGAGUAGGCUAGAUCAUGUGAAGAAUUGGGAUCCUACUCUAGGUAGAUUUUGUGUAUUAGGCUGAUACACUUAUUGUAUGAUACUGUAUAUUUACACUUUUAUUUAUAUAAAUAAAAUUUCUUCUAAUGAAAAUUGUUUAAAAUGCCUUGUAUAUUAUAAAAAGUGAGUGCAAUAACAUGAAAUAGAUUGUACAUUUUUAAAUUUGUUGUCUCUGUUAUGUAAAUCUGUAUCUCCAUAAACUGUUUUGUUUGGGUUUUUUAGUGAUUUUGAAAAUAAAUGGUAUCCUUAGUA